AUGGCUGAGCCUCCAAAAUUGUCUGGAACGGUCUUUAUUAAUUCAAGGUCGUUUAAAUUGGCCACUCACAAACCCUCAGAGAACUCAAUGGCUAACAAAAUCAUCAAAUGCACCAAUAAUGACACAAACGUUGAGACCAGGCUGCCGCUUCCUGAAUCCAACUGCAUCCCGUGGGUUGUUGUGUUCAGCACUGAAAGUCUAGCGAUAGUCAUCCUUAAUAUCGUCACCAUCAUUAUAUUUUUGAAGAAGCGUCAGCUACAGCGAAGAAGUGCAAUCUUGAUCAUCCAUUUGGCUAUAGUCGAUCUCUUAGUUGGGGCAGUCUCAGGACCAUUGGACAACUACUGGAUAGGGAGUGUCUGUAAACUGUGGAAGUACGGUGCGAACUUUGUAAUACUGAACUUCAUAAGCAACAACUUCGUUUUUUCUUCCCUUCUUAACAUCGUGGCCAUUUCAUUAGAGCAGUUUCUACUGAGGUUUAGCUCACGGUAUGCAAUCAACAGGCAAUCUGUUAUAAGAACGGUCAUUGCCAUAAAGAUUAUUGGGCAAGUUACAAACUCCAGCGAGAACUCAAUGCCUGACGACGCUAUCAACCGCACACAUGACGACACGAGCAGUUCGCCGAUUCUUGAAUCCGGGUGCAUCCCGUGGGUUGUCGUGUUCAUCACUGAAUGUCUGGCCAUAGUCAUCCUUAAUAUCAUCAAUAUCAUUGUAUUCGUGAAGCAGCGCCAGCUAAAGCGCCGAAGUACUUACUUGAUCAUUCAUCUGGCGAUAGUCGAUCUCUUAGUUGGGGCAGUCUCAGGGCCAAUCUAUAUUUACUGGUUUGGACGUUUUUGCGAUCUAUGGGAAUUAGGGUUGACCAGUGAAGAUUAUAAAGCACUGCGUAUCGCUUUAGUGCAGAACUUCCUUUUUGUUUCUCUUCUGAAUCUCGCUGCCAUUUCAUUAGAGAGGGUACAUGCAACUUUCUGUCCAUUCAGACAUCGUUUGAUCAAAACAUGGGUUUAUGGAGUUGUAGUAAUUGUAAUUUGGGUAACAAAUAUCGCUGCAGCGCUGACAGAAAGAGCCACAAGUGGUCCCAUUGUGUAUUUUCCAUCUUUCCUUUUCCUUCUUUUUAUCAUUUCUGUUUCUUACACUUCUAUUUUUAUCAAAGUCCACUUAAUUCGUUCUUUACCACGCCAUGGCGCAGUGGCUGCAAGGGAAAGAAAAUUGACGAGAGUGUUGUUCAUUGUGACCCUUGCGUCUUUAUUCAUGUGGUUUCCAUCAGGGAUAGCAACCGGGAUUGCUAUUAUACAUCCUAACUUAAUCCACAACUCUUUUUGGUCGACACACUUUCGUAUCAUAAUGGUGGCUUUAAACCUGGCAAACUCGCUACUGAACCCCAUAAUCUACGCCAUGCGGAUGCCAGAAUUAAGACAAGGAAUAAAACAAAUUAUAUUCCGCAGAACUCCAAACCGUUUAAACCCGGGGGAUAUACCUUUACGUGAUUUUUAGUAAUUUUUUCUAGUGAAAUGUCUUGGACCAACAGAAGCUAUUGAUAUGUAACUUCUCCUUAUGGUAUCGCUACGCUGUUCCACAAUCUAAAGAUGAUUAUUGAGAAGUGCAUCAGCUGUAGGCUGUUUUCUGUUGAGAUAAGGAUAAAUUCUCUUUGCUCUUCACAAGGAGAUCAUUUCAGCUGGAGAAAGGAGUUACUUGACAGAUCUUGAAACUUCAAGUGUAAAGACUAUUGUCGUGAGACUUAUUAGCUCUCAUAGGGUUUUGUUUUCUGUUUUGUUUGUACAGAGUUCAAAGGACGUUUAUGAUUGACAGUUGAUCACGAGACUUUUAAAUUAAUUACUCAUGUGCUUUUUGAUUAAGGGCAGUUGUGAAUACGAGUCAUCGAAUAAACACGUUAAAUAAUUAUUCGACAACUAUUAAUUCAGAAAUAAGGCUGGGUUCAUAUAGUUUAGUAUUCUGUACGCACCGUAAAAAUCAUUUUUCCUUACUUUCGACUUACUAAAAUGAUAUUGCAAUCUACGAAAAAGGGGAAUCUAGCAGGAGAUGAGAUAAAAGCAUCUAAAAUCUUUUUGGC